AUGGAGCACGAUGGCGAUGAAGAUGAUGAUUUGGAAGGCCAGGAGGACGAGGCGGAGGAGAGGGAAGGCCCGCGCCGAUUUUUUGGGUGCUACUUGCUCACCUCGCGCAACGAGGCGUACCGACGGCACACCUACAUCGGUUUCACGGUCAAUCCCUCGCGACGCAUCCGCCAACACAACGGCGAGCUCGUGCAGGGCGCCAAGCGCACGCGCACCAAGCGACCCUGGGAGAUGGUGAUGGUGGUGUACGGCUUCCCUUCCAAGACGGCUGCGUUGCGCUUCGAGUGGGGCUGGACCUAUCCGCAGAAAUCCAGGCGUAUCAAGGAGGCGCUUUCGCAUCGCGACCUCACCAAGCUCGGAAGCCCACACAUGCUCAAGGCCCGGUUGAGGUUGAUGUUUGAGCUGCUGCACGUGACCCCUUGGAAUCGCUUCCCACUGGUCAUCCACUGGCUCACUCAGCUCCUCGACGGGUGCCCGCCACCGCCGCGCCACAUGAAGGUCAACAUUGGGUCGCUGGCUCAGAUCGAGCCCUUGUACAAAUCAAACACCAAUGCUCAGGAUUCUGACAGCGAGUCGCUUGGCUCGGACAGCGACGGGAGCGGCGACGAGGCCUCCAGUCCCGACAGCUCGGACGGCGAGGCCGAGCGAAGACCAACAACGGCCACUACGACCAGUACAACGCAACGGGAGGCGCUGUGCUGCUUGUGCAGGACCGUGAUGAAGGAGGACGAGCUGAAGCUGCGCUGCUUGAAGCGGUCGUGCAAGCAGAAGGGCCACAUGCUCUGCUGGGCGCAGCGGUUCCUGCGCGACCAGCCGGACGUGCUGCUGCCCACCACCGGGACCUGCCCGUCGUGCCAGACCGCGCUCUCCUGGCCGGAGAUGCUCAACGGGUGA